CAAAGUCUACCAUGACAUUGCAUCCGACUAAAGGGACUGAAGCCUAUUACUUCCACUAUACCUCAAGUUGCGACGUAUCAGUUGAAGAAAUCUGCUGGAAUGAAGGCAAAACUCAGCAAAUUGACGCAAAUCAGUACCCAUCUGUUGCCAGAAUCAUGGAUGACCCAAAUUACACAACCAAGUAUCUCGUUGCCGAAGCACGACAGCUCAUCAAGGAUUAUCAGGGCGAUAGUCCGAGAUGGUUCUCUGCCUUGGGUGGUAGCCUCAUUUCCGUUAUAUCUGCUGUGCUAGACUGUGCCUUUAACAGUGGUGGUGACCGUGGCCUUCGCUAUGUCAGUUCAGCUAUAUACACCUGCAAAGGGAACUUAGACUCGAGCACGACCCAUCGCAUCAGUCAAUUGGCCUUGGCGUGGUUUGCUUAUUUCCUAUGGCCGUUUAAAGCGUUAAACUGGUACUCAAAACUGGUAGUUCAAGAAACCGACAAGGAGGAGCUUCCUUUGCCUCUAUAUGAGCUACGACAACAGAACUAUCGUUGCCCCAUAACGGGCGUGGUGGAAAUGGGACAUCCUAAACUUCCAGGCGAUAUGACAAGCACACUGGGGAUUUUUCAUAUCCUCGAAAGACCCAUCAUAGGUUUUGAGAAGUUCGACUUCUUCGAGCCCAUCACACGAGAGAUUAUAGAGAAUUAUUUCCCGACGCUGGACCUGGAUUCACUCCCGGAAGAUCCCAGUAAUGCCAUUGCUCUUGAGCGUAACACGUACACAAAUUUCACCGACUUGAGGAUGUCCCUCAAGGCAACUGCGAACGCCAACGAAUACAGGGUAGAGACCUACGGAGAAUGCCUAUGGGCCGCGCCCCUACCAGCGGUCAUCGUCAUCAAGGAGGCCGACCCACAAUAUCUCCGUUCACAUUCAUGCGUAGCAGACGUACUCCACCAAAGUGGCGCGGGGAGAGUCAUUGAUAAGAUUCUAGGAUGCCUGCCCCAACGAACGAGCGCCGUACAUCCAGCAGACAUAAUAGAUCUCCAGGGAGUCUUGGACAUACUGGGACUCCGCUUCUUGAUAAGGAAGAUUUGGACUCAAGGAUUUGUGAAAGACGAUAUAACCAAUGAGCACAUUAAAAAGGAGCCCCAAGAACGAAAGGGUCCUACAGACCUGUCCUUCCGCUCCAUGAAUUUCCCAGUACCUAUCUUUUCCCAAGAGCCGCUUCCAGAUGAAUGGGAAAAUGGCCAAUGCAUAGGACACGAUGCCGAAAUAGUGAUGAGUAUGGUUGAUGAAACUGGAAGUGAAACGGGCAAUCCGGCUGGGGUGCGAAUGGACUCGCUUCACUUAUUCAUACAGGAAGAACAGUGUAAGAACUUGAAGAGAAAGAGGUGA